AUGGCUGAUCAUACUAAUCCAGUGAAGGUAAUGGAGCACUGCAAUAUCUCUCCACCACCUGGAUCUGUUGGAAACAAGAGCCUUCCCCUCACCUUCUUUGACAUUUUCUGGUUACCACCCUAUCCCCUUGUGAAGCCUGAGUUAUGUUAUGUUGAUGGAGACUCAGUUUCCUUAACCUUAGCAGAAUCAGAUAGUGAUUUAUUCCACUAUCUUUCAGGCAACCAAGCAAGAGAUGUUAAUCAAUUCCAUUUUCUUGUCCCUAAUCUUAUCCAAUCAUCCAUUGUAGAUCAUCUUAAUUUCUCAGAUCAACUAUUAGCUUUGCAAGUAACUCUGUUUCCAUACUCUGGAAUUUGCAUGGGAGUAACUGCUAGUCAUGUAGUCCUUGAUGGUAGGACCCUUGUCCACUUCAUGAAAUCAUGGGCAUCAAUUUCUAGAUCAUCAUCAUCAUCAUCAGGAGUUGCUGCUUCUUUGUCACCAGAUUCUCUUCCAUUCUAUGACAGGAAUGUUAUAAAUGACCAGAAGGUGCUCAAGAUGAUUUACUUGAAUUAG